AUGACAGAACAGAUACCAACAGCUGUCGCCUCUUGCUCAACCACCACCACCACCACCACCACCAUCACCAUCACCACCGCUCACAACCUUCCCACAUCCACAUCCAACGCGGCCUUUCCCUUCGCCAUUGGCGGCCGGUACCUUCACGCCAAGACACGCCACCCGUUGACGGUCCGAUAUAUCGGCCGUCUGCCCGGCGGCAACGAGCAGGUAUGGCUGGGAGUGGAGUACGAUGACGAUUCCUGUGGCAAGGGCCACUCGGGAACGUACAAGGGCAAACAAGUCUUCCAGACACUGCAGCCUGGCGCGGGCGCAUUCAUCAAGUAUGUCCCCGGCUCGACCCCACUGGUGUGCGGAACAACGCUCGUCGCUGCUGUGGAGGAGCGGUAUGGCGCGUUGAGUCCCGAGCACCAGCUGCAGUCUGCUCCUUCUCAACAAGAGGCAGCUGCGGUCGUGCUCGGGUCCUCCAAUGCGGCCAUCAUUGUCGAGGCUCCCGGCAUGGCGGAUGUGCGCAAGAGAAUCGGAAGGCUGGAGCGUCUCAGAGAGAUUGGGUUCGAUGACGAGUGGGUGGGGACGCUUGGAGGCAGUGAGGAGGAGCGUGUAAUGUUCAAGGAGAGGUUGAAAGGUGUGAGGACGUUAGACCUGUCAAAGAACCUGGUCGCCAGCUGGGAUCAGGUGGCAGAGAUUACCGAGCAUCUCCAGGGUCUUACCACGCUUGUGUUGAAUCAUUCGCGAAUGGCCCCGAUCACCUGCCUGUCCGACGCACAGGCCGAGAGGUAUCGUUCCGCGUUCAACAACGUCGUGGAACUGCACUUGGGCGACGCGGGGUACACAUGGGCGGAGGCAAUCUGUAUUGCCUCGCACUUUCCUCAUCUCGAAGUACUCUACCUCAACGACAAUUCCCCACUCACCAGCCUUGCCCUCGCACCCGGCCAAGACCUCGCGUCGCUCCAUCUCAAGACCCUCAGCCUUGACGGGUGUCCCAUAGACACCUGGACGGCGAUCGCCUCUGGCCUCGUCCCCCUCCCGUCACUUGAAUGCGUCAACUUGUCAGGCAUGCCUAUCACGACCAUUCCCGAGCGGACAGGGCCUGCAUUCGCCAAUCUCACUCGCAUCGCACUGUCGGACGCUCGAGUCACGGCGUGGCGCGAUAUUGACAAUCUCGCAGACUGGACAGGCGGCAAGCUCCAAAACUUGCGUAUUUCGUGUGCCGUAUCGCACGAGGAGGAAGAGGCGAUAGUGGAGGAAUCACCGUCACGGGCCAUUGACCCCCUGCACAUGUCUGGAGAACCGCGUUCCGACCGACCCAUCCUGGUGGCAAAGCUGGGCGCGUUGACAAUGCUCAAUUCCACAACAGUCACAUCUGCCGAGCGCUGGGACGCCGAGCUGUACUACAUCCACUACGUCGACCACCUCCCUGCAACAGUACCCACGUCUACGUGGGGCCGCUACGACGAGCUGGUCAAGCUGCACGGUCCGGCCGAAAAGGCCAAGCCGGCACAGACGACGCUCAAGUCCAAGCUCAUCAACGUCAACGUCAUCCCGCCAUCGGGCCAGACGUUUACGCUGCGUGUCCUGCCCUCGGCUCCCGUCAGCAUGUUUCAGAAGAAGGCGGCGCGGACGAUGAAAGUCGCCGAGGUGACGGUGUGUACCGCCCGCCGCCACGACGCCGUCAUGGGCCUCUGGGAGCCGGUGGAGGAGAUGGAGGAGGGGAGAGAGGUUGGGUACUAUGUCACGGAGGGGGAUUAUGUCGUAGCUGUUGUGUAG